CAGGGCAGGAGGAAGGCACUCACACCUGACAACACCCAACUCCUCUCAACCCACCAGCCCACACCAGCCCCAGACACCACCAUGACCGGCUCCUGCUGCGGCUCCUUCUCCUCCCAGAGCUGUGGGGGAGGCUGCCUCCAGCCCUGCUGCUGCCGCGACCCCUGCUGCUGCCGCCCCGUGUCCUGCCAGACCACCGUGUGCCGCCCCAUCACCUGCGUGCCCCGCUGCACGCGCCCCAUCUGUGAGCCCUGCCGCCGCCCCAUCUGCUGCGACCCCUGCGGCCUGCAGCAGGGCUGCUGCCGCCCCAUCAGCUGCUGCCCCUCGUCCUGCACGGCCGUGGUCUGCAGGCCCUGCUGCUGGACCACCACUGGCUGCCAGCUCCUGUCUGUGCAGGCCCCCUGCUGCCGGCCGCCCUGCUGCCAGCCGGCCCCCUGCCGCACUGUCUGCAGGACCUCCCCCUGCGGCUCCUGCUACUGAGCUGCUGUCUCCACAGAGCAACUCCCUGGAGCCCAAGAAUCUACUUUGCCUUUAAAUGAAGUUGAAAGAAAAACCAAUCGCCUCACCCCUCACCCAAAGCGACAGUAGUUUUACAGCCUGAUAUAAGCAGACGCCCAGCGCCAGCCUCAGCUGAACUCCCGUGGGCUACACCAGCAGAAGUCAUCAAGGACAGCACACUGACCUGUAAAGUCCCUGGUGUGGACUUUGCAGCGCAGCCUGAACCCUGAAGGUUCCGGCUGCUGGACGCCCAGCGUCACCUUUUGUAAUGCACUGCUUACUGUUGUCAAUAAACUGAUUUUUCCUGGCACAGCA